CGCAGCCCUUCGGCAUAGACUUCUCUUCCCUCUCUUGUCCGACUUUGAAUUUGCAUGGGAGAGGACUCUUCCUUCUUCCUAUUCCGUCCCUCCUAUUCCGUCUGACAAAGUUUCAGAUACCAUGUUGCAUCUACUGGAACCACUUCUCUGAUCUCAUGGAAAGAGGAUGGCGCCGAGAUUGCGCUCUCCUUCCCUUCGCUCUUCCAGGUCCUCCAGACCUCUCCGCUCGAGUCGCAUGAAAGUCCAGUCCUACUAUGAAGAGAGCGAUUCCGAUGAUGCUCUUGAUGGGAGAAGUAAUUCAGACGAAGAAUUGUUAGGACGUACAACAGCAUCGUUUCGCCCUCGCCGUUCGAGUCAUGCGCCCAUUUCAUAUCGUGAGGACUCAACCGAUGAUAGUCUUGAUGAAGAGAAUGACUCACGUUCCAAUGAAAUUGCGUCUCUUGAAUCUACAAUCCAUUUUACGCCCCCUGCUUUCGAACCGGCUAGUAACGGAACCCCUUCCCGAGUUAGACGUCCCCCUACUGGAGCUAGGGGUCAGACGAGAAGGUCGACAAAAUCUUCAAAUAAAAGAGGAUUGGAAAUUGGCCGACCUCUUCGCAAGAACAAAUACCAGAAGAUAGAGGCGGUUGAACCGCUUGUUGGUUCCGGCGUUAUACCACCGUGGCAAACCCUCCCGUACCAUGUUCUGUUUGACAUAUUUUUCUACGCAUCCCAUCCUCUUGUGGAUAAAAAGGGUGGGAUCCGACUGAGCUCCGUCCAGUGGCUAGUAAAUGUUGCCUUAUUGUGUCAUGCUUUUCUCGAACCUGCGCUGGCCGCUCUUUACUACUCACCGCCGCUCAUACCGGUUGCCAAGACCCAUGGCUUACUGAGUUUGCUGUGCAGGCAACAAGAGUCUCUUUCUAUCAACUAUGCUAAUAAGAUCAAAGUGCUGGAUGUCGAUGUAGAGGGUGUGCUAGCCCACAAGAGCGGACCCCUGGGAUAUUUCGAACUACCAAGGCUAAUCGAAGCAACACCUCAAGUGAAAACAUUGCGGUUGUAUCACAGGAAUGAUUAUAUCGUUGGCCUGCCCCAUUGGCAGAUCCCAUUGUCAAAAUGGACUUACCCAGAGGCCCUUUUCUCCUCACUCAAUGCAAGCUCGAUAAUGCUUCACAGCUGGGAUUGGAAUGGCCGGUUCAUGGAUGCAGAACAGGUACUGCCCUUUAUCUUCACGAUACACCAGCAGCGUGCAUUCCGGAGUCUACGGGAAUUGCGCUUGUUGCAUAUCGCAGGACCGAGCUUCGAAGAAGACUCGAGCGUGAAACAGUUGACACUUGCUGCUGCUCUCAAGCAGCUUCCCGAUCUCCACCGGCUGGAGUUCAGGGAAUGCUCUAUUCUAGACGGGCAUCUUCUGUCGAGUUUGCCCUCGGGCCUCACUUGCCUGACAAUCGAUAAUUGCGAUGAGGUGAUGACAUCAGAUUUAGAAGCAUUUCUCGCAUCUUAUGGCUACAAUCUUCGGGAGCUGAAUCUGAACCACAACCGCAAUCUCAGCCUGUCUUUCCUUGCAGACUUGGCACGAUUCUGCGGGCGUCUUGAAAGGUUGAAGAUGGAUCUCUCGAUGCAUGAUUGGUCAAGCGACCAUGAUGUUGAGCCUCAUUUCGAUGAGCUUCUCAAUCCGUCGGAAGUUCCCGCAUGGCCACCUACUCUGCAGGACAUUGAAUUUAUCCAACUUCGCAAGUGGGAUGAUGCGACUGCUGAGGUCUUCUUUACAUCUCUUGUCCAUGCAGCUCCUUAUUUACGCGACUUGCGAAGACUAGUUAUCAGUGCGAUCCUAAGGAUAGGGUGGCGCGAUCGCGCGUCAUUUCGGGAAAGAUGGAUUCGAAGACUCGAGACAACUUUCCUCAGGCGAAGCAAACCUCCGGAUUCUAACCUCACAGCCGUUCGGCAACCCGCUCAACCAGUCCUUGAGGGGGACAUGCCAACUGAAGAUGUUGCAAUCCCUGACGCUCCUACAGGGAAUGGUGUAUCUAGUGCCCACUCCACGCCUUCCAAGCGCAAGAGCGCGCGUCUCGCCCAACGGAGAUUUUUAGAGAACGAAGAUCAGAGAGACACGAGGAGUGUCAGGAGUAUGUCUUCCAGUCCGACACCGAAUACGCCUAUCCAAGGGAUGUGUGACAUUGUGAUGAUCCGCAUUGAUAACCAACGACCUACUGAAACGCAAUUUAAUGAGAGUGACUUUCUAGACGAGGAGCUGAGCGGCGAUGAAGACUGGACUGGACGCGAUUUGGACAUCCCAGACAGUCAUGCUUGGUAGACAUCCCCUCUCCUUUUACCAGAUUUCCGACUCAUCGCUAAAUCAUUUUUAUACUAAUCCAUCAUUAACUCACAUUUGCAUUCUCGCCGUUAUCUUGUCUUUUGAGCCUUGAUUUUUACCUGAAUCAGUACCCCCAUGACUCGGGGUCCCUUUGGUUUAAGCAUAUUAGAAAUCCCGGGGAGCCUACAGAGGAGUUGAAAAUUCUUCCUGCUACUCUUUUUUUCCGAAGUAAAUUAACGAUGUAUAGAAAUAACGACACUCUUGAAGCUGGCUACUUGAAAAUCUGCAUUAUUUGGUAGGGAAUUGAAUCAACGUAUGAGAGAGCACGUGCUAGAGACAGCCCGCAGCUAGUUAUGAUGCUACUGCGAGCGUGCUCAUAUAACCGUGUAUCAUUUGCUGGAACAAUGAAUGGAACCACCUCGGAUUGUGAACGACAAUCAACACUGCUAACACUGAUAAUCAUCAUAUGUAAUAGCAAUGCCACCAAAUCCGAUCGAAUCAUUCCAUGCCCACUUCGAUCUCGAUAAGCGAUGCUCAACCCCAAAGCCUCAGGGGAGAACGUGUCCAAGAAAAGAAAAGCCAGUGGCUCGGCAGCCAUUCCCGGGAGAGUAGUGAUUCACUGUCGGGAAAUUUGACGCUUCUAGCGCUGUUCUUUCGAAGGUACCCUAAACAUGCAAUAUGUCCUGUGGCUGCCAUGGCAUUCACGUCAGAUAUAAAUGCAAUGGGUUGAUAACUCUUAGGCCUUGUUAUAAUUACCUAGGUCUUCUAUUCUUCCUUUUCUAAUUCCCCGGAGUCUUCCAUGUAUUUAUAAUUAUCCAGUUUAUCUGGAUUACCCUUCAAGAAUGUAUUAUUAUCAUCACCCCCUGCUGUACAUCUUUAUCCUUCUGCAUACGCUCGUUGCCCCCGGAGUCGCUCUGAUCCAUGAUGACUCCUUUCAGCCUGACUAUGUCCUCAGAAUAACGGCCCAGAACUACUCCCUAGCAUGCAUCGAGCGGUAUUCUGUCUUGGUGAAUGGAACCUCCCCAGGACCCGAAUUGCGGCUCCGUGAAGGGAAGGUCUCCUGGAUCAGGGUCUACAAUGAUAUGACUGAUAACAAUUUCACAAUGCACUGGCAUGGCUUGACUGCCUUCACUGCGCCCUUCUCAGACGGCACUCCACUGAGCAGCCAGUGGCCUAUUGCUCCA